CCCCACUUAGCUCUUGCGUACACGCACGUGAGCUAGACAACACCACCAGGAAUCCAUUCAUCUGGUGCUGUGUAUCCAUCCACCCACCUGCGGCAAAUGCAUAUAUACAAUGAAUAUAUCACACUUUUGCAGUUGCAUCUGCAGGCUUAUAUAAAUUUCUGCCCUGCACCGCAUCGUGAACAUUUCCUCUCCUGCUUCUCAUUGAAUAUAUAGCCGUAUAACGUAUAUGCAUUGAGUAUAUCUCAGCCCUGCAAACCUCGUUUCUGGCAGCAUAUAUACCUACCUUGAGCUCCUGCUGCACAGUGAGAUUAGCUCCGUGACGACUAUAUACACUAAAAUCCACUCUUGUUUGUGGUUAACGCACUGAAGUUUUCUCUCCAUAUUGGCUAUUGUAAGUGGAUAUUAUUCUACACUCCAUUUGCACAUUUACACAUUGAGUAUCCAUCCUUUCUGGUUGUAUAAACACAUAAUAUACUUCCAAGAUGCCUCCAUCAGUGCCUCAGUACCAGGGCAGCGUGACCCCGGUGGACGCCCCGCCGUCAUUCGCCCCGAAGGCCAUCAUUGCAAUUAAUGUUGGGGGAACAAUUUUCCAAACAUCCGCUGCUUCUUUAUGCAACGCCGAUAAGGGUUCGAUCCUCGCCAGUCUCCUACACACCCCUUCAAUUCCUCUGAAAGCUGAAAACCCUGCAUUCUUUGACCGCGACCCGGAACUCUUCGCAUUUCUGCUUUCGAUUCUCAGGACCUUCAAAAAACCUGCUUCCGUGGACGACCUUUUCUCUAUCAGCGACCUAAUUGCAGAGGCCGAGUAUUAUGGAGUUUCAGGGGCUUUGAAGUCAGCAAUGGCGGCUCCGCCACUUGACGGACUCGACAUGAAGGACAAAUCCGUGCUUCUUUCCAGCGGGCGUGAUUUUCCCUCCGCUCUGUCCGCUGACAGAGACGACGGGUCUGUGAUUGUCUCGCACGGCAGCAAAAUCUCCGUUUACGAUUGGGCGCUCAGGAAAAAUGGAACUCUCUUAACCCAAUUUAACUGCAUAGAUACCCUAUCCAAGAUUUCUCCAUCAAUUGCUGUCGCAGGAGCUGUUGAUUUCCCAGGCCUCCAUGUCUACAACUUGGAUAAGAAAAUUCAUUGUGCAACUGUCCAGUGGGAGAUUGAAUCGCCAGAGGUUCGGCUCUAUGAGCCAACCGUUCAGGCUGCAGAAUUUUGUCCCUCCAAUAAUGUGAUUUUUAGCAGUUACGAAUCCAGCAGGAAGAAUGCUCACACGAUUCUGUUAAUUGAUGUUGAAUCCUUCCGCCCCAUGGCAGAAUUGGGACGUCAGAUAGGAUUUGGAGGCUCAGAAUCAUCACCUGCCACUAAGUUGGAGUGGAUAGGUUCACACAAUUUACUGAUGUCUAGUAGUGUUAGUGGUGGCCCAUUCGGUUACAGGUCAGAUGUGAAGUUGUGGGAUAUCAGGUCACAGAAAAUUGUCUGGGAGUGCCGAGAAUCAAACCCGGGACCUGCCGUUCAUCAGGCAAAAUCAGACUUUCUUUCCGAUUGUUUUGCUGAUGUGACAGUUAAUGAGCAAUUUGGCAGCAUAUUUAAAUUAGGUGUGAGGAAUGGGGGCCUUUUUAUGGUGGAUUUGAGGCAGCUCAACAACAGUAAUCCAUGGGUGGCAUUGGGGGAUACAAUUCCAGGUGUUGGAGGGGCACAGAAUAGGAUUUUGGGGUAUGGAAAACAGGUUUUUGUUAGCCGGGGAGGGGAUAUAGAGGCAUGGUGUGAAGUGGGUCUGAAGGAGAAAUCAAAGAUUCUAAGGAAAAAUAUCGUGGAUAAUAAGCAGGGCAGCGAGAGGAUAACAAGAAUGACAGCAGGAGGGAACAGACUAUUUGUUGCUAGGAAGGGUUUGCAGGGUGUUGAAGUGUGGGAUAGUUUGAGAUCAAAGGCUGCAAGUAACAGUCUUGUUUGAGAAAAAUUUUCAGUUUCAGUGUUGGAUAAGGGAAAGUUUUUCUGUGUUGUAUCAUAUAAAGAUAGUUCACUGUGCUUUCACAAACGUCGCUUACAAUGUUCAGAGACUUGGUUGGAAUCCGUUUCUCUAAAUUAAAUAGGGAGGAGGGCGUUGUAGGUCAAGUCUCAAAUUGAAGAAUUCAAUUUUAUUCUUUAUUUUGUAAUGUAAUAUAUAUGUUUCUUUUGAUUUGUAAGCUGUUUGUGGUAUAAUUUUGCAAGCCAUUACAGUUUUAGUGUGCCCAACUGAACAAAUUUCAUUCUCCAAUUCUGUAAUGUAAUAUAGAGCUUGUUCAUUCUCCAAUUCUGUAAUGUAAUAUAGAGCUUGUUUUUGAA